GCCUUCUUCGUCGCUUUCGUCAUCUCCAGCAGGUGCGUUUCCGUCGUAGUCUGGUCGAGGUAUCUUUUCGCCUUGUGACUUGAGCACGUUUUCGAUUUGAGGCAUGAUUUCAAUGAGAGCUGAAUAUUGUUCAAUGCUCAUUGAGAUGCCCUGCGAAUCAUGGAUCAGCACCCUCACAAAUCAAACAUGCACGUCACAUAUACCUUCUUUCCUGGCAGCCACUGGUUGUCCUUCUCAUAAUACUCUCUGAUGUUGACCAGCUUCUUGCCCUUGAACUCGGAGAGGGUGACCCGCCUCGCCUUGGAGAUCUCCCAGUAUGUAUUUCCAUCUGAAUCCACUUGUGGCUUGGAGGAUGGGACGAAAGCACUCCCUGAGGCACCUUUCCCACGUUUGGUGGUGGAUACAUCCAGGUCGCUGUCGUCGCCGGCUGCGGACUUUCUCUUCUUGGACGGGAGGGGCAUAUCGCUGCCGUGGGACAGAGAGGUGAUGUACGCGUUGUGAAGGUGUUCAAAGGUGUAUGGAUGGGAGGGAUUCUUGAGGUGAUCUUUCCUGGGUGUUGUGGACGAGGAUGUUCUGUUCUUCCGUGUCUUCUCCAUCCUGUCCAAGGGCAACGCGAUCUCUGAUCUGGGCGCGUCGAGGCGGUCGCUGGCAAUUACUCGAUUUGAUUUGUCUCGCGCCAGUCGCAACUCGGAAAGGUCGACCGAGUUGGAGCGACGUCAUAUCUGGAAAAGGCUUAGCGCGCUAGUCACAUGCAACGCAGCCAAUGAGCGACGGCCACCCCGCCCCUCCUUCGCCAUCGAAGGGUCGACAUCUUUCGUCAAUUACUUUUUGACGCAGCACCUCUCAUUAUCAGACUCACUCAACAACCUACACACUCUUUCUACCAAGUCUGAUCCUAUAAUUCAGCUCGCUGCACAACCAAACACACCAUACACACUCGCCUACCAACCAUCACCAUGUCCCGACGAGCUCUCCUUUCGGUUCCUCGUGCAAUGCGCACCUCGGUCCAAACCUCCGCUGUCCGACCGAGUCUCGCCUCCCCGUCAUCGCUCAGACCCGCCGCCGCCGUCUCGCAGCAGCGACGAAGUUAUCACGAGAAGGUCCUUGAUCAUUACUCAAACCCAAGAAAUGUCGGCUCGAUGGACAAAUCUGCGGUGGAUGUUGGGACAGGCCUUGUUGGAGCGCCUGCUUGCGGCGAUGUGAUGAAACUGCAAAUUAAGGUCGAUCCCAACACUCAAACCAUCAGCGAUGUGAAGUUCAAGACCUUCGGGUGCGGCUCCGCGAUCGCCUCCUCGUCCUAUCUCACCGAGCUUGUGCGCGGCAUGACACUAGAACAAGCAGGGAAGAUCCGCAACACAGAGAUUGCAAAAGAACUGUGCCUGCCGCCAGUCAAAUUACACUGCUCAAUGCUCGCCGAGGAUGCUAUCAAGAGCGCCAUCGGCGACUAUUAUAAGAAAAACCCCAAGGCUAAGGCGACGGACUUGGGUUCCGCCUCGGCGGCGAUGCCCAAGAUUGAAAUUGAACGAGUCACUGCGACAACCGACACGGGUGCCAGUGCGACGGCGUGAGAAAGGAUGAGAUCGGAGAGUUGAAAAUCCUGCAAGAGGACCAGCCAGUGGCAGGACAAAAUUGUGUCAAUAGGCGGAUACCCUUCUUUCUUCGCAGACAAACGGCAGGAGUAUAGGUCGGUUUGCAAAUUGAAAGGCUGAUUCAAUCAAACUACUAGAUUAGUUCCAAGUUUGCUGUUCGGUGUGUAUCGCCUCACCCCUCUCGGUGGUUAGGGGACUGGACCUCUGCAGGUCAUGCAGGGCCUCUUUCAUGUUGGAGGGAAGAGCAUUGCGAUCGUGGUAUGGUAUAGCUGAGCUUUUGGAUGCACCCUGGGUAGAAUCCAGCAGCGUGCCCCCAAUGCUACACGGGAAGCUCUGCGUACAGGACACAAAGGGGCGCGUGGGCGAGAACAGCAACAAGGAGAUCUUUCGCUUGUCGCUACUCAUCUCAGUGUUAGCCAAAUCAUAUAUCCCACGGACUCUGUGCUCUUUGCCACGCUGACAUUUCCUUCGAGCCGGCCUAGCCUGGAUCUUGCUUGGGAUGAAGACGUCUCG